AUGGCGCGCGUUGCUUCUUCUUCUUCUUCUUCUUGGAGCUCGUCUGCGCUCCACGCGCUUGCCGGCCGGGUGGCUCCUUUCCAGUCGGCUCCCCGGUCGCUGGAUCUCAGCCGGACGCCUCUCCGGCGCUGGGGGGCGGGUCGGCGGUUUGAGAAGCUUAGCUGCCGGAGCAAACCCGAUGCGGUGGAUUCCCCCGCUCCGACGGUCAGUCUCCGCCCUGAUUUUUCUUGUCGCUUGAUCCUGUUUGAGAGCUCCUUUGUACGUGCUAUCUGAGGGGAAUACGGUGACGGACGGACCAUGAAUGUCAUCGAAUUUUUAUUUUUUGAGAACAUGUCCUAGGAUUUUAGGAUUUCUAGCCUAUUCUGAUUAGGGCAGGACAUAGGUGACGCAAAAUGUACCGGGAAAAUAGUGAAGUACGAGCGUACUACGAUCGUACUGCGAUCGUACUACGACUUUAAAGCAUCUGUACCAGAAUACUGGCGUUUUACGUGUGCCACUAGACCAUGUCAAGCGUGAGGGACCCCUGAAGUUGUUAAUCGAGCAGAAUAAAUGGGGAUUAAGUUCUUGGCUGUACCGGAAUUUCGUGUGUGAGAGAGAAUGAAAAACUAACACACUGUCAAACAUUUAGAGUUUUCAUCUGCCCGUUCAGGGAAAUGCCUUUCGGAGGUCAGUAAUCAUGCCUUUAUUCUUUUUCCAAUGAAAUAUGAACACAUUUAGCCGUAAAAGAUCUAGAAAAUGAUUGAGAACGAUUCUUUCCUUGUGGAAGGUCAUGAUUUAAGGAGAUAAGGCCAUAGAGCAUUUGCAUUCAAGAGGACUAGGAAUGCGUUUCUCGAUAUGAGCAACCAUGGCACAAAUAUUAAUGGCAAGUCACGACUUGAUCCUCUGGGUAGCUGAAAAAGAUAUUAUAUAUUGAUUCUUUUCUGCUCUCUAGUUGCAAUCCUAUUCUUGUUUUUGCUUCAACUUCUGUUCUUCAAUUAUAUAAAAAAAUACGCCAUCCAUGGUUUAUGCACACACUGGUUAAAUGCCUGGAAAUCAUUGACAACACAUUAUUAUGUCAUGGCUGAUGAAGACACUCAUGAAAAUGCCAAUAGUUGUAAAAUUUUAUUCCUUGUAUAAGCAAAUGGCGCGCUGACAAAGGUUCUUCCUGCACUCCCUAGCAGUUUACCACGGUUUAAGUCUUCUAUAACUGUAGAGGGUACUUCUUUUUUUUCGUUGUGUCAAAAAUAUUUUUCUUGAGCUUUCUUUUCUUUUUCGGUAUUUACUAUUAUUAUUUUUAUUUUGAUCGGUAUUGCUACUAUUGUUGUUGUUAUACUAACAUUUUUUUAUAGUAAUCUGACUUAAAAUGGUAGUUUAUAUUCUCAGUGUGCAAAGAAUAUUUCCUGUUGACGAAUUUUAUUUAUAUUCGUUCUCUAGCAUUGUUUUAGGUUCGUCUGAUACUGAAUAUUGAUCUCAUGUCACCUCAGGAGGAUGUGAAAGUCGAGACUGAUGCAGCCAGGAAUAGUUCUAGUGAUUCUGCCGGACCCGCACAGAAGUCUGAAUUCCCAGAGUUUCCGAACAGGAAUUUCAGCAGACAAGUUGCUGUGGCUUCGACCAUCGCUGCUGUCAGUCUCUUCUUAUCAUCCAGACUAGAGUUUGGGGUUUCUCUGAAAGAUCUAGCUGUCAACGCCAUCCCAUAUGAAGUGGUCAGAUUCCUUCGCUCUCUGAACUAUAGAUGGUUUUGCCUUCUCUUUACUCGAGAGAAAAUAACAUUAUUAUUUCAUGUCAUUGUUAUGAAAUGUCAUUAUUACUACAAUGCUUUGUAUGAAAAGAACAGCUGGAUUAAGCAAGAGGCUCAGUCCCACCUCCCAUCUCGGUGGAUUCAAAUCCAGUUUCCUUACAGGCUGAAGAUUUACGGAACCCAGAUUAUCCUGGAUUUUGUGGCAUGUAGAUUAUGUUCCCAUAGUGUGUUAUUCAAAGGGACGCAGCAGCCAUGUCUGUGGAUGAGGGUUACACACACAUAUAUAUAUAUAUAUAUAUAUUUAUUUAUUUAUUUAUUUUCGCACACAUGCAGAGUCAUCUUUUUUGUUCUUGUCCUUCUGCAGGCCCUCUCAAACGGGAUGCCUACUGUUGUCGAGUUUUACGCAGAUUGGUGUGAAGUCUGUCGUGAGCUGGCCCCCGAUGUUUACAAGAUCGAGGAACAAUACAAGUAAUGUUCUUGAUUCAUUCCUUUUUUUGGUAUGCAGAAGCCGUUGACCUGGACGCAAAUCAGUUUGGUUCUUUUAAAAACUGAAUUUAUUCCGUUUGAGAUGCAUUCCGGAGGCAAAUCCAUUUGAUCUCCUAGAUAAGCUGCAUCAUUUCCAGAAGAUUAUGGGUCUCAUCAUUAAAUGCUGCCACCAUCAAUAUGGAAAUAAAUAUUAUUUUCUCAUCACAGUUGACCUUUAUUCUUUUCAUGUUGACCUUUUUUUCCUGAAUAAAUCCACGGAUUUCUCCCACCAUUCAAAGCCAAGGGGGUUGACUAGUUGGUUUCCCACAGAUUACCAUUCUCUCAUCUAUGUUCUAUUUUCAUAUCCUUUUCUUUUCUUUUUUCUGUAAUAAACGCUUAUUAUUAUUAUCAUCAUUUUUUGUACUGGAUUGUAUUGUAUAAGCAGCAAGUAGGCUAACAAGUUUGACCUCUUCUUCUUCUUCUCAGGGGCCGGGUUAACUUUGUGAUGCUGAACGUGGACAACACCAAGUGGGAGCAGGAGCUCGAUGAGUUCGGUGUGGAGGGAAUCCCUCACUUUGCCUUCUUGGAUCGGAAUGGGAAUGAGGAGGGCAACGUGGUCGGGAAGCUCCCGAAAAAGUUCCUCCAGGAGAACGUGGCGGCCCUCGCCAACGGGGAGCCCUCUAUCCCCCACGCCCGGGUAGUCGGUCAAUUCUCCAGCGCCGAAGCGCGCAAGGUCCACCAGGUCGCUGACCCCAGAAGUCACGGGUAG